AUGAGAAGCAAAGAACCUGAGCUUUACAGGAACGGUUAUACACAAAGGAUUCGUGCAUUUGAGCAUAAUGUUCUGGCUGGAAAAGUGCCUAAUGAACAAAAUGAUAGCCAGCAACUUGAUUCCGUUAAUGAGUAUAAUCCUUCUGGAAAGCUCGAAAGGCCCCACACUAUAGAUUAUAUUCAUACAGUGAAAACAAUGGCUCAGCAGGCAAAGAAUUCCUCAAAAUCUGAAAGACACGCACAACCAUCGAGUAACUGCGAAAAUGGUCAUCCUGCUAAAAUCUUCCACAAUCAAUCUCUAAGGAAACCAAGAACAAGAUACAUCUAUGUGAAACCUACCGAUUGUGCUACUUCCGGCAAUCAGGAUGCAAGGUGUCACCAACAAUCAGGCUUUGAGGGUUCUAAGACCAAAUCUGGCUCAAUCCUUACUACUAAGUCUAUCACUGAAGAGCCAGCACAUAAACUUCUUAAAUCUCAUUCUGCUCCAACAGUUAGUACAAUCUGUGAAGGUGAGGAUGAUAAAAGGUUUAGCCCGAACAGUGUUUCUUGCAAGGAAAUUCCAGGGCUUUUGUCAUACGAUAACAGAAGUCUCACCAACCAGAUUGAUAUGAAGCAAAAUCUGAAUUGUCAGAAUGAAAUUCCUCAGAAUUUUUCAUGUAACAUGGAAACUAGUGAGCGUGAAAAUAGCAUCAAAGGUUUGAUGUUGUUGAGCACAGCUGAAAUGAAGGAUGACAUUCAAUUGGGUGAAACUAAACAGAAUGAGGAAGUAAGGCCUCUUCAGAUUGACGAUUCAAAACUUACAUCUUCUGAUCAGAAUAUAGCAGAAAAUUUGGACGUGUUGAAAGAUGAUCCAGUAAUACAAUCAAAUUGUAAAGUUGAAGCAACUUGUGAGUCUAGUGAAGCUCUUCCUCAAGUUGGAAAAGAUAAGUUUCUCAAGUAUACGUUCCAGAGGACAAGGAAGAGGGGUGCUUCAACUAGCAAGAAUGAAAGUGCAAGCCUUUUCCCUGAGAAGGUUACUGGAAAAAGAAAAUCCACGGACAAAGAAAAUGUGUCUCUGGAGCCGCAUAAGCCUCCAUCAGUUACUGAAUUGCCUCGGAACAAUAGGCGGCUAAUGCAAGUUGCUCGUCAGCUCAUUUCAUUGUCUGAAAAAAGGUGGUGACCUUUUAUUCAACCAAAAAGUCAACCUCUAAGGCGGCUAUUUUCCAUUCCAAGUGUCCUGCACUUGGAUCUGUAUCUUGCGAUGCUGAGUUGAGGCCACCGAGGAUGCGGCGUAAUUUUCUUCAGCAGCAGUAUAGUAAUUAUAUACUAUGAGUUAUGAUAAGCAUAUAUAUAUAUUUUUUAUUUCUAUUUCCCCUAUUAAAAUGUAAUUCUUAAGCAUGAUCUACAAACAGCAGAGGGUCUGUGGUGAGUUGCUCUUUUCCUUACUGUUUACAUGUCUCUUGUUCUUUCA